GUUAAAAAAAAAAAAAAACCAUGGCUACUCUGUUUAAGUGCCACAAACCCCUCUGCUCCUCUAUCCGAUUCGCCUCCUCGUUCCCCUGCUCACCGUUCCGUUAUGCCCCCAACCGCACUCGUCCUCCUCGGACCAUUCCGGUCGCCGGAAAGAGAAGACAAAUUUUCCCCUUCUUCAGCUCCCUCACUUCAUCCCUUCCGGUACCCAGCGAUUACAACUCCGGUCCAACCAGCGCACCGAGUCCCCCAUCGGAGCUGUGGCUGCACAACACGAUGACGAAGAAGAAAGAGCUUUUCAAAUCGAAAUUGGAAAGUAAAGUUGGAAUGUACGUCUGCGGCGUCACCGCCUACGAUCUCAGCCAUAUCGGCCAUGCCCGAGUUUAUGUCACCUUCGAUGUGCUCUACAGAUAUCUGAGGCAUUUGGGAUAUGAUGUCUCCUACGUUCGGAAUUUCACGGAUGUUGAUGAUAAGAUAAUUGCACGAGCGAAUGAAGUGGGGGAGGAUCCAAUCAGUUUGAGUAGAAGAUACUGUAACGAAUUCCACCAGGAUAUGGUUUCUCUUCAUUGCCUGCCUCCUGCUGUUGAGCCCCGUGUGUCAGAUCACAUGCCUCAAAUUGUUGACAUGAUCAAUAAGAUUCUUGAUAAUGGCUGUGCGUACAGAAUUGAUGGAGACGUCUACUUCUCUGUGGAUAACUUCCCACAGUAUGGACGUUUAUCUGGAAGAAAAUUAGAAGAUAACCGAGCAGGUGAGAGAGUAGCUGUUGACGCAAGAAAAAGGAAUCCUGCUGAUUUUGCUUUGUGGAAGUCCGCAAAGGAGGGUGAGCCGUCUUGGCAGAGUCCUUGGGGGCCUGGAAGACCUGGAUGGCAUAUUGAGUGCAGUACCAUGAGUGCUGCUUAUCUGGGUCAUUCCUUCGACAUACAUGGUGGAGGAAUGGAUCUUGUGUUUCCGCAUCAUGAAAAUGAGAUAGCUCAGAGUUGUGCUGCUUGUGGAGAUAGUAAUAUAAGCUAUUGGGUGCACAAUGGGUUCGUCACAGUAGAUUCAGAGAAAAUGUCAAAAUCUUUAGGAAAUUUUUUCACUAUUAGGCAGGUUAUAGAUCUAUACCAUCCCUUAGCAGUGAGGCUUUUCUUGUUGGGCACCCACUACAGAUCUCCAAUAAAUUAUUCCGAUGCACUUCUUGAGAGUGCUUCUGAUCGUAUCUUUUACAUUUAUCAGACAUUAUAUGAUUGUGAGAACGUAAUCAGAGAGCAAGGUGCAGGUUCCAAGGACAGUGCGAUUCCUCCUGAUACAAUGAAUUGCAUAGUGAAAUUCAAUGAUGUGUUUGCUGCCUCAAUGGCUGAUGAUCUCCAUACCCCUGUUGUUUUAGCUGCCAUAUCUGACCCAUUGAAAAUCAUCAACGAUAUGCUGCACACGCGUAAGGGAAAGAAGCUAGCAAAGAGAAUAGAAUCACUCUCCGGACUAGGGAAUAUAGUCCAGAAAGUUCUAACCAUCCUGGGGCUGAUGCCGACAACUUAUUCAGAGGUUCUUCAGCAGUUAAAGGAAAAGGCAUUGAAGCGUGCCAAGUUAACAGAAGACCAGGUUAUUCAAAAGAUCCAUGAAAGGACCGAAGCAAGAGAGAACAAAGACUAUGAAAAGUCAGAUGCCAUCAGAAAAGAGUUAUCUAUGGUUGGAAUUGCUCUUAUGGAUAAUCCGGAUGGCACUACCUGGAGACCAGCUGUCCCUCUCGACUUGCAACAGCUGGAAGUUGGCACACCUUGAUGUUUCCUUCUCAGCAUUGAACUCUUUAAGAUUAACUGUGCGUCUUGGUGAUUUCUUCUAGGUAUUCUCUCUCUAAGUUAUGCAUAUUCUUUUUUUAUUAUCUUCAGUAUAAGACUUGUGAAGGUUCUUCCAGGCUUUAAAUUGGCAUUUUCAGGAAGAGAUGCAACUGUUAGACUGAACAGUUUUCAUUCUUAUUCAACUGUUAGACAUACAGGCUGGAACGGUUACAUUGGCAAUGUGAGCAAACACAAUAGAGAAUGGAGCAAUGGUUAUUGGGUCUGAAAGUCUAGCCUCAACCGGUUCGAUAGAAGGUAUAGAUCCAGAUGUAUUAUUCACAGCAAGUACUUUCCCAUUCAAAAGUACUGUCUGACUGUGUAAAUCACCACCACCAGCGGUCAAGUGAUAUUCUUCCCUUACAUGUGCAUUAACUUUGGAACCUUUUGCCAUCCUAGCGAAUUCUGAUCUUCGAUUCUGGUGGUGUUGCCGAGCUGUCUGAAUAGUGAUGGCAUUUUCAGUUGAAACAUGCACAUUAGCUAUCGUGUUACCGUCGAGGUUGAUCAAAAGUAUUGUGAUUCCUUGCUGCAUUCAUGAAUUUUCCAGUAGCAAUUAGUCAGCUUGAUAUUCACCAAUGUGAUUCCUUGCUACAUUUAGUUUCAGGGUCUUCACUUACAGAUUUCUUUGAACAGUGAGCAUAAGCACGUAUUUUCUUGGUUCCAGAGAAACUAGUGGAUAGCACCUUUGUUCCCAUCAAACGAUGCCACAGCAGUGCACUUAACCAGCAGAGAUGAGAAGAAAAGUCUUAGACUGCUGCAUGAAGAAAAAAAAGCUGGGUACUAUAUUUCCUAUUGCAUGGUUUCAGGAAUCGCUCUCACCUGUAGUAAUCUGGGUUUGGAACAAAGGUGGUAGGGUUGAGCAGGCCAUAAUUCCCUCCGACCAGCGACUGCCGACAGUAAGUUUUCGUGUUGUAGGAUGACGCCAUUCCAAGCUGAUCCAGGUACCUGUCGUUACAACAUCAAUAUUUCAGAGAUCCGAUAGUGUGAAGAUGAAGUAAACUCCUCGCAACUCGAAUGCAGGCUUAGUACCAGAAACUGAACACGAAUGCAUUCGUGACUAGAUUAUGGCCGCUGUUGUAAGCACCACCGGCCUCACCAACCCAAGCGACAGCUGAACUCCCGCUGCUCUUCAAAAUCCCUUGCAGUCCACUGAAAGGCGAUGAGCCACCGUCAAGAUACGAUGAA